AUGAAAAAUAAUAAUUAAGGUUAUGUAUAUUAAUAGAAAGUUAAAUGACCUAAAAAUAACUUAAAAAUUAACAUAAACAAAUAAAUAAUAUUAAUUAUUUAUCCAAAGUUUUUUUUAAUUACAAAUUUUUUUUUAUUAUUUUUUUUGUAGUAAAAAAAUAUAAAAAAUGGGACAAACAUUAAGUGAGCCUGUGACAACAAAACAAUCGGCGUGUUGUCGAGACAAAAAUUAUCUAGUCGGCAGUUCAUGUAUGCAAGGAUGGAGGGUCAAAAUGGAAGAUUGUCAUGUUCAUAUUUUGUCACUACCUGAUGAUCCAGGUACUGCUUUUUUUGCGGUAUAUGACGGCCAUGGAGGUGCAACGAUGUCACAACAUGCAGGCAAACAUUUACAUGACUAUAUCAUUAAGACACGAGAGUACAAAGAGAGUAAAAUAGUUGAAGCUAUGGAGCAGGGGUUUUUGCAAUUAGACGAGGCCAUGCAAGCUGACGCCGCUCUUAGGGCUGAGCGCGCGGGUACUACAGUAAUUGCAAUACUAAUUAAAGAUAAUAUACUCUACAGUGCGAAUGCUGGUGAUAGCAGAGCAGUUGCAUCAGUAAAUGGGCGACUAGUAGAACUGAGUCGCGAUCACAAGCCGACGCUCGAAGACGAGCGUCGCAGAAUUGAAGCCGCGGGCGGUUGGGUUGAAUUUAACCGCGUUAAUGGUCAUCUUGCUUUAUCUCGCGCACUUGGAGAUUUUAAAUUCAAGUGGAACAAUACUAAGACUGCUGAAGAACAAAUUGUUACAGCAUUUCCUGAAGUACAAAAAUUUGAAAUGAAUCAAGACUGGGAAUUCAUCGUGCUGGCGUGCGAUGGAAUAUGGGACGUGAUGACUAGUCAUGAAGUAGUUGAUUUCGUACGCAAUUAUAUCGCGACUCAGUAUAAUUUAGACGAAGAAUCGUCAGGUCGCCAGGACGCGAAUAUCCAAGAGUUGAAUGAUUACACAAACGAGUCUUCUAAACCCUCAGUACGAGGCCCUUCCAAUUCAAAACCUUCAUUAGAUCGAGCGACUAUUGACCCCGAGUCUAUAUGCGAGGAAUUGUUGAACCACUGUCUCGCCCCUGACGCACUUAUGGGAACUGGGUGCGACAAUAUGACGGCAAUUGUUGUUUGUUUACUACAUGGAAAGCCUGUGAAGGAUUUGAUACUUCGCUGUCAACGCAAGACUCAUAAUCUUGAAGAUAAUUUACAUAUCAAGAGCGAACAAGAGGCAAUAAAUAACAAAGAUGAAGAUUAACUAUGUAUUAUAAGAAUCAUGUUGACUAGUAUUUAUUUAUUUAUUCGUGUUCAUAUAUACUCUUUUUUUUUUCGUCGAUGCACGAAAAAAAUGAAUUUUAUUUAUUCACUUUAUAAAAUCAAAAAUU